ACAUUAUUAAAUUAAUUGAAGUAUUAUAGUAAAAUAUCAUUCAAUAUAAUUAGUGAUGAACCUACUGGAAGAUUGGCUUUAGUAUUCGAGUUGAUGGAAUAAAAUCUGUACGAACAUAUUAAAGGUAAGAUUAAUUAAUACAUCUAAUUAGGCAGAAAAAUACCAUUAAAAUAAGAGAAGAUUAGGAGUUAUACGUAUCAAUUACUAAAAGCCAUCGAUUUUAUGCACACAAAUAAUAUUUUUCACAGAGAUAUUAAACCGUAAGAUUUGAAUUGAUAGGUUUUAGUGAAAAUAUCCUGUUGCUUGGAGAUCAUCUUAAAUUGGCUGAUUUGGGUUCGUGUAAAGGAAUAUACUCGAAACAUCCAUACACAGAAUAUAUCUCAACCAGAUGGUAUAGAUCUCCAGAAUGUCUAAUGACUGAUGGUUACUAUGAUAGCAAAAUGGAUAUAUGGGGUGCUGGUUGUGUCUUAUUUGAGAUCACAGCUCUAUUCCCUCUCUUUCCUGGAAGCAAUGAAUUAGAUCAAGUGCAUCGUAUUCACAACAUUUUGGGAACACCCAAUCCUAAAGUCCUUGAUCGAUUUAGGAAGCAUGCGACUCAUAUGGAAAUCAAUUUCCCUUAUAAAGUUGGAACUGGAUUAGAAAAUUUGAUUCCGCAUGCUCCUAAAGAUCUUGUAGAUCUAAUUAAAUAGAUGUUAAUUUAUGAUCCAGAAGAACGUAUUAAUGCAAAACAAGCGCUGAGACAUCCUUACUUUAAAGAAAUAAGAGAUCAAGAAUAACAAAAAUUGUUAGAAACUAGUUUAUAAUCCAUAAAAUUAUUAAAAAAAAAGUAAUAUAUAUCCCAAUUUAAUAAGUGAUGAUUCCCUAAUGGAAGAAGAGUAAAAUACAACUCACAUAAUUCAUAAAAAGACUAUAUUUAAUCAAACUAACAAAGUCUUAUAAAACUCUUUUAAGAAUAAAAAUUUGCAUCUCUUAGAUUGUGUAAAAUUGCCAACUCUAACAAAAAAACAGGCAGACUUAAAAAAAGCCUAUGGCCCAGCGCAUUUUUAGAGUAAAAAAAAUUAUAAUUAACAAUUAGCUACAAAGAAAAAGUCUAUUUAAUAUGAAUACAUCUUAUAUGGUAAAAAGGCUAACUUAGGUAAUUUUCUAAAUACUCUCAGACAUAAAUGAACAUCG